GUUGCAUCCUUGUAAUUUUCCCGUAUACCUCAAGCAAAUCUUUCUCAAUAUCGGAAAAUGAACUCUCUCGAUAAACAUAAUAAGACGAACUGCAGCGCAGAAGACGUUGAUUUUAGUUGUGGUGGAGUUUCAUUUACCUAUACCUUGAUAGCAGCAAAGACAAUUUUGUCAUUGGUCGGUGUUUUUACAAACAUUUUGUUUGUUUUUGUGCUCAGAAAGUCUUUCAUAAUGGAACGUCCUAUGAAUUUGUUGUUGAUAAGCAAUGCUGUAGCUGAAGUCAUCCAUCUCAUUUCUUUUGAAUCCGAAACAGUACUUUUCCUGUCAAUGCAAGCUGAAGUUUUUAGGUUUUCCCAAGUAAUGUUUGUCAAAUUACAAAACUCCCUUUGCCUUGUCAAUGUUGGACCAUAUACGGUCGCCAUCUUGAGUUUUGGACUUUUGGUGGUUGAAAAUUACAACGCUCUGUGUAACCCAAUGAAAAUCCAGCGAAAAUUAGACGAAAGAGACACUAAAUUCUACAUCAUUGCUAUAUGGUCACUAGCUACAAUGCUACUUCUACCAUUAUACAAUAUCCAAAAAACAGGUUUUGAAGAUAUUAGUUAUUUUCUUUACUACUUCUCAUUUAUAGUAAGUGUUACUUUCGUAAUGGCCAUCAUCAUCAUCUACUGCUAUGUAAGUAUUCUGCAGCAAAAUUUUUAUAUCUCCAAGUCAUCUAAAAGUCGGGAAGCAAAGGCUGAUCUAAAAUUAAACAGGUGGGCCAGGAGAAAUGUUCUAAAAAUGCUGUCUAGUAUGAUGCUUUUAAUUUAUGUGACAAAAUUUCCAGUUAUACUUUCUACCGUGCUCACAAUCUUCACAAACCAUAAAUGUGAAACACAUUGUUUGAUCUUUAAUAUAAAUCUAGUAGGACUUGCAUCUUCUUUUCUAUACCCGAUUAUUUGUUUAACAUUCAUUUCUGACUGUCGCCAUGAAAUCCUAAGAAUAAUACGCUGUCGUCCACAAAGACGAGUUGCAAGUGAAAAUAACAGGGUGUUCAUAAUUCAGUAAUUUAUUUCCUGAGUUGCACAAUUUAUCUAGUUUCGUAUGCGGUACAUGUGACCUGAUUGGAAACUGUGCACAUGUGUGUAACUUUAUGACGUUUCUAAAACUAAUAUCAAUGUCUUCGUAGUCAUAGACAUGAAAUACGGCUCUGGAUGAACAGGGCCUCAAAUUGAUAAGAUAUAUUUGUAAUUCAUAUUAUUAUAUACCGUAUAUGUUAAUUACAAGGCUGACCAGGCCACUAUAUAU